CGCCAUCUACACGUCACCACCAGUUCUUGUCAUUCGUCGCAAGAUCCAACGACGUUCUGUCGAGAGCAAGCUCGAACGACCCGCUCCCACGUAGUUAAAGUCGCCGUGUGCUCGCUGUGGUCUUCCAGACAGCCAUGGCGUCUGAUUCCGAGGCGAUGGCGCGGCCGGCGAAUCUCACUCUGUACUCCUACUAUUGGAGCUCAUGUGCGCACCGAGUCCGCAUCGCCCUUAAUCUCAAAGGGUUGGAGUACGAGUAUAAGGCUGUGAAUCUUUCGAAAGGCGACCAAUUCGAUCCAGAGUUCGAGAAGAUUAAUCCACUUAAAUUUGUUCCGGCACUGGUAGAUGGUGAUGUAGUGGUUGCUGACUCGCUUGCAAUAAUACUGUAUUUAGAAGACAAGUAUCCUCAACACCCUUUGCUGCCUCAAGACCUGAAAAAGAAAGCAAUCAACCUCCAGGUUGCUAGUAUUGUCAGUUCAAGUAUUCAACCACUUCAGAGUUUUUUUACACGACAAUUUUUCGAGAAAAGAAUCAGUUUGGAUGAGAAACUCACAUCAUCGCAGAAUCAUGUCAAUAAAGGAUUUGCAGCAAUCGAGAAACUCAUAAAGGAGAUUGCCGGCAAAUAUGCUACCGGAGAUGAGGUCCAGCUGGCAGAUGUGUUUCUGGCGCCCCAGAUCUUUGCAGGAGUAGCACGGUUCCAAAUUGACAUGUCGCUUUACCCUACGCUAACCAGGCUGAAUGAAGCAUAUGCUGAGUUACCUGCUUUUCAAGUUGCCCUUCCUCAUCGGCAACCAGAUGCGCCUUCCACAUCCUAACAAUCACUCUGUUGUUAGAAGUACCUGUGAGGAAUUCCAUGAAGGAGAAUAAAGCUACAUGCUGUUUUGCUUUCUCUAUUGUCUAUUAUGAUGUUCUUAUAGCUCAUGUAUUUGGCUAAUCAUUGAAGACAAAAGAGAACUUUUGCCUGAAGAAGUUGAAGGUUGAUCUUUAAGAUGCUAAUAAAUAGAAAUAAACCCAGAAUGUGAA